AUGAGUCCUUCAUUGCUAGAUAAUUCGGGGGAACAUAUGGCUAGCUCGAAUGGGAAAAAGAAAAAAAAAAAAACUGGCGAUGUAAAGGAUGAUGGGGGGGUUAAGCAGUGCCCCCCAGAUGAAUCCCCUGUGGAGGAGGCGACAAAAAGGCGGGAAAAGAAAAGGGAGAAAAAAGAAAAAAAAGAAAAAAGAGAGAAAAAAGAAAAUUUCCAAACUACCCCCAAUAGCCAAAAUAUCCAAAACAGUGAAAGUAGCCCCAAUGGCACACACAACAUUCGAGCCAACGAAGGCGAAGAGAACCGAUGUCCGAAGGAACAGAACGAACAAGUCGUUGACGGGGAUGAGACAGCUGACCUAACGACACGAAUAGAGGUCCCCAGUGAGGAUCCCCACACAAAUCAGAGUUUUGAAAAAAAAAAGAAGAAAAAGAAGAAAAAGAAAAAGAAGAAAGGGGAAGGUGACGGGGAAGAGGCUGAUGGGGAAGCUGAAGAAGAAAGACAAAUGUCAAAAGCGCAGGAGGUAACAGAAAAGAAAAUGGAGCCACAGCACGAAGUAGACAUAAGCAAAGUGAAUAAGGAAACAGAAGAUGAAAAAGAUGCCCCAACAAAUGGGGAGAAUAACGUUGAAGAUGGAACUCCAGGGACAGGAGGAUACAUUAUACGUGAGGAACACCUUGGAGAGGGUACCGAAAGUGAAACCCGCAGAGGGAAUAAAGAGAGUGCGGAAAUCAAAUCCCCCCGGAAGGAAACCAAAGGGGGAAGAGAAGACCGUGGACUCCAUAGUAGCAGUGCCAGUUGUGGCAAUGAUACACAUGAACUGGUGCAGGUAAAACGCAACCGGGGCGAUACACAACUGGACGAAGCAGAGAAUCAGGAUGGUCAAAAAAAGGAGAAGGAAUCACAAAGUGAAGGAGAAAAAUGUCACAAAGAAGAAAAGGAAAAUAGGGACAUUUCUGAAGGCGAGCUAAAUGGCGCGGGACAAUGUGCAGAGGGAGCACUCCUCGAAAUGGAGACCAUGCAUAGCUUAAGGGAUAGCCAGAAAAAAGGGGAAGAGCGGAAAAAGAAAAAUAAGAAAAAAAAAGAGGUGCCCACGAAGGGGGAGUCCAAAAGGAGCAGAAGGGGGAAAGCUAAAGAGAAAGGGAAAGAGGCCUGGACGGAGGGCAAAGCAGCCGAGGCGGAGAGGGACAAAACCAUCGAGGCGGAUAACGAAUCCGAGCAGGCGAAAGAAAAACCCACUGAAAAAAACGAAGAACUUCUUGUCGCAGCAACGGGCGAGAGGGUACCACCCGAGGGCGAGGUUCAAGAAAGAGUGGAGUACGCAACUUACUCAAUCGCAAGGAUUAUUAGCAAGGAGGAGAGCGACUCGAACGGGGGGGCAACGUCAAGAGGAGGCUCCUUACACAAAAUAUGCCAUUCCAACGGUGUGAAGCAUCUAGAAACCUACGAAAGCAAAGUAUGUGUGGCGAACUCCUUUCACGACAUAUCGAGCCCCACAUCUGAAAACGAGGAGGCUCAAGAGGGAAGCUACACGGGCGAAACCGCCAGCUACGGGGAAAAUAGGAAAAGCUUUGACUUACUGUCCUACAUCGAAAAUGGAAUUAAAAAUUAUGUAAAUAUGCUAAAGGAAGAGAACGUGGAAAUAUACGAAAGAAAAUGUGUUAAGGAGAUAAUAUCCUUUCACAAAUUAAAAUUGAAAUAUUUAAAAAAAAAAAAAAAAUUCAGCAAAAUAUACACUACUUCCGAGGAAGACAAGGAAGAAAUAAUUCGAAAUUUUGGCCGCUUCGAUUCUUUCACUUGGGGUCAGGCAGACGAAGGAAGUGCCAGUAGCGCUACUACGCAUAAGAAAGGCACAAAUAGGAGAAGUGGAAAUGAAAAUACUCGCUUGGGAAAGAAAUUGAGUAAAAGUAACAACGACGGUUCUAAGCAGACACCCUGGGGUAGCGAAAAUGACCGACUUGACAGCACCAAAUCGGUGCACGUGAAGAAGACGAAGAAGAUGAAGAGGCGAGAUGGGAACAGACGUUCCGACGAAUCGAUCCCCGGCAAAAUGGACACCAGUUCUUUCAACGACAUGGAAGUGGAGAGUCAGUUGAAAGAAUUGGGCUGCGCGGAGAGUGCGAGGCGAGGGUGGGUUCCCCCAAGCAACGGGGCGGAGGUGAAAAGGGAGUGCCACGCCGCGGCGCUGCAGAAUAAGAGCCUCGCCACCCCCAAUGAACACCUCCACACGGGAGUAAUCCCAAGCAGCAAAAACGUUUUCGAAGCGUUGUUCCACUUUUACGCAAAGGAUAAAGGAAACGCCAAAGGGAAUAUAGAACUGGAAGGAAAAACAAGCGAGGGGAAUUAUUACUCGAAAGGUAUGGAUCUUGAGCUGUUCUUAAUUUUCUCCAGACAUUACAAAAUUAUAAAAAGUUUAUUAACAAAAGGUGAGUUGGAAAAAAUCUUCCUAAAUGAAAGCAAAGGAAAUGCAUACAUCCAGGGAAGACAGUUCCAGAAGGUGCUAAUGGUAUGUGCACAAAUAGCAUUUACCAAACCACCACAUAGGGUCAAUUUCACAGACACGAAAAAAAUAUUCCAAUGUUUGGUCACAUGGCUUUGUAACAACGCACCUGAGAAACAGAAGGAAAUUAUUUUAAAAAGUUGCCAGCUAGCCGAUGCUUCCAUGUUGACGGAAAAUGGAAAAACAGCCGAACCGCAGAAGGCUGAAGUGAAAAGCGGAACGUUGCGAAAUAAACAAUACUCCAUUUCUGUGAAGGACAAAAGUAAGAAGCCACCCAUAAAUAACAUUGCACUGACCAGUUCGCAAAAUUUUGAAACGCCAUCGAAGAAGUUGGAGAAGGCGAAAAUUUUCCGCUACAACACGAGUAUCAAUUUGCGCAAGUAG